AUGGCGGAGCUGGAGGUUCCCCUGGAUGCGGACCCAGCUGGGGACCGAGGGAAGGCGUCUCUGAGGCGGUGCAGAGGACGUCCCAGGCUCACGGACUCGGACCGGGCCCAGAGGCGCCUUGAAUCCCGUAAGAAGUACGACGUGCGGCGGGUGUACCUGGGAGAGUCCCACCGGCUGUGGAGCGAGCUCCGCCGGCGGACCAGUCUGAGCGAUGCCGGGCUGGCGGAGUACCUGAUCCUGCUCCACUCCACCUACGGAGAGCAACACCAGUCCGGGAAGAAAACUGUUCCUGAGCCGCUGGCCAAACAGAAAGAGGGCAGCAAAGAGUCGGGGUCCAGCCUACAGAGUCUGAUGUGUUGGUACCAAGAACAUUCGCACUCUUGCCCACUGGAGCCCCAGCUCAGAGCCUUGGAGCCACAGCCGGACCUCUCCACUGCAGCCAUCUGGCAGUGCAACUCCAACCAUGCAUUUGUGCAGUACCUGUAUUCACCACAGUGGGAGGCCAGAGACUCGGAGCACGAAGAAGGAACAGCUGCAGAGGCUGAUGGCGAGGGUGCAGCAAAACCAGAUGAGCUGGUGGCAAAAGUGGGCAGGAGGAGGAGAAAUGUUAAAGAUAUCACAGAAAAUGUGGACGUUUCUAAGGUCCAACACCCAAGCAUGAACCUGGUGCAGCAGGCUACAGCUUCAGGCCACCAACCCAGUGGAGAAGCAGCUUCCAGGGUUGCUCAGCUCAGGAAUCAGCCCCUGUGGGAGAUGGUCAUGGAGCCAGAGCAAGCCUCCCCUGGUGCAGUCUUUCAGUCCGUCCCCUCGGAGGAGGAGGAGGAGGAGGAGGAGGAGGAGUUGGUGGAGGAUCUGAGGCGUGAUGGAGCCGAGGAAGGGGACAGACAAGGAGAAACCAGGAGUACAUCACACAGCUACGAGUGUCCUACAAGUGGGCCCACGUCGAUAGUGGACAAACUAGAGAAGACAGACGAGGACUUGGUGCUGCCUCCGAGCCUCAGUGGCUCAGUGCUGCUGGACACUGAGCCAGAGCUGUCGGUCCCCCCGCCCUUCCAGGUUCAGGAGCAGAGUAACCUGUUUGACCCCCAGAAUCUGCCGACGGUGGUGAGCAGCUGUGAGAUCCCAGACCAGAGGACAACGUUGGAAGGUUCACAGUUAAUUAUCAUCACUGGUCCGAGUUAUGAGGCCCUGGCGUCAGAGGGCAUCCAGCUUAAUGUGGGCGGCGGCGGCGUGGAGGAAGUCACCUGCACAGUGAUCGGGGGCGUCUACAACCAGGUGUGCACGCCCGACUCCAAAAUGCAAGAAACGGCAGAUGAUGAAGAAGACUCCAUGACAGGUUUAAGUGACAAACAGCUGCUGCAGGCGUCUGUCGAAGCUCUGGAGCUGAGUCGUAACAGGGAGCUGCAGAGGAGUCUGAGCAGGUCAAAGAGGAGCAGAAGAGGGCCGGUCAUUGAGGCCGACGGGAUGCUCAAGAUGUUUCACUGUCCGUACGAGGGCUGCAGUCAGGUCUACGUGGCCAUCAGCAGCUUUCAGAAUCACGUAAACCUAGUUCACAGGAAAGGCCGGACCAAGGUGUGCCCUCAUCCAGGCUGCGGGAAAAAGUUUUACCUGUCAAACCACCUGCAUCGUCACAUGAUCAUCCACUCAGGGGUCCGGGAUUUCAUCUGUGAGACGUGUGGGAAGUCGUUCAAGCGUAAGAAUCACCUGGAGGUUCACAGACGGACGCACACCGGAGAGACGCCGCUGCAAUGUGAGAUCUGUGGCUACCAGUGUCGCCAGCGUGCGUCUCUGAACUGGCACAUGAAGAAACACACGCCUGAGGCCCACUACAACUUCACCUGCGACUUCUGCGACAAGAGGUUUGAGAAGCUGGACAGCGUCAAGUUCCACAAGCUGAAGAGCCACCCGGACAAACAGACCAACUGAAGCCCAAGGAGGACCCGAGGUGGCACCGCCGGCACGGGCCGCUCCAGCAGCUGCUCCGAACUCGGAACCAAGCCCCAUUUGAACUGUGUUAAUCCACCGUUGGAUUAUUCACUUUGAAUGAAUACUUUAUAAGCUGUAACUUAAUUAAACACAUUAACUCAGGUAAAUGCCGCUGAGGCGAACAUGAACACACACAUUAGAAGCAGAACCACACACCUGAGCUGGUCUGCAUGCCUAAGUGGGCCAGGGCCAGGACCAGGAAGAGUCCAGAGGCUUUACAGCGGUCCGUGAGGAGUGACCGGGGCUCCAACUCGGUCUUUGUUCUGUCAAUGUUUCAGAUGAACGAUUAAACGUUAUGAAUGAUGAUGUUUUCUAAA